AGUUUCGUAGAAAGAAUUUAUCUUUCAGCGCCUCCUGGAAGAACACGUCAGUCGAAAUGAUGAAAAUCUGUGCAUAAUGCCAUCGAAAAGACAUAUCGUUAACAGUAUCAAGGAUAUAGAUACAAGAUAAUUCGAUAUGACGUCUUUGAUCAAGUACAUAUGGAUUUUAAACAUUAUGUCAGGCAUUUUAUGCGUAACGUUAUAUACAUUGGCUGAAGAUAUAGAUGUAAAAAGAGCAGAUGCCACUCAAAGAAGGUUUGAUGCCACACCCAAUUCUGAAAGCACUGUAUCAGAAGGUUUAGGAGGGAAAGCUGUAUCAAUUGACCCUGAAGAGAAAAAGACUACAGUAAAAAAUGUAGAAAUUAUCGAACCUUGCUCUCCAGAAGACGAUCCAUCGCUGAAUAUAGAAAAAAAGGAGAGUGUUUCAACAGAAAUUGAAGAAACUUUACAAACCAGCAUCAAUGCAGUUCCAUCAGAUCCACAGAUUCCCAAUCCAAAUAUUCAAUCUUCCCCAGUAGAUCAAGCAAUUCUAACAGAGGACAUUCAAACGGAAAUAAUCUCUGAACAAGUUGUAACAGUAGAUACUGAUACUGGAAAGGAGGAGAUAGAAAGUGCUAAGGGACCGGAGACUGACUCUCAAACAGAUAAAUCAGUAGACAAAGAAACUGGGAGUUCUAUUGAUAAAGAAAGUACUUCAAAAUCUCCUAAUAAGGAGACUGAUGAAAUAUCAAUAGCUAAUGCUGAAGAAACAGCUAAAUCAUCUCAAGAAGAAUUGCCAUCAUUUGAAGAGUGGCGACAGAAAGAGUUGGAGGCAGAGAAAAAUAAAGGUCCUAUUAUACAUAGCACCCCUAGUAAUACUAAUUUACCUCCCUCAGAGUCAAAUGUGGCUAACACAAAUAACCAAAAUGGUAUUUUAAACAAUAAUGGUGCAAAUAGUGGCAAAAGGAAAACUAAUGGUGUUAAUUAUGCAUCUUCACGUUGUGGAGCAAAAAUUUUGAAUUCCAACACUGAUUCAUCAAAUGUUCAUGCUAUAUUAACUGAAAAUAAGGACUCCUACAUGAACUCUCCUUGUUCUGCCAAAAAAUUCUUUACUGUUGAACUUUGUGAAAGCAUUGCUGUGAGAGCAAUUAAAUUAGGAAGUUAUGAAUUGUUCAGUUCCUUGCCAAAGACUUUCAGUGUGAAAGUUAGUGAAAGAUGGCCAACAAAAGAGUGGAAAAGUUUAGGUAUUUUUCAUGCAAGGGAGUUAAGGGAUGUACAACUUUUCAACAUUGUUCUUCCGCCUAGUAGUAUUGAAACUUUUACAAAAUAUAUAAGAAUUGACAUGAUGGAACACUUUGGAAAGGAGCAUUACUGUCCUGUAAGUGUUUUGAGAGUUUAUGGUAUAACAGAUGAUUAUGAUGAUUCUGAUACAAUUGAACCUGACCAAGUAGAAAACAAUCAGGAAGAUGACAAUGCUAAUGUUGUUCCACCAAAUGAGAAAUCUCCUACUCUUUUUAAAACAGCGAAGGAUACUGUAAUAGGCCUAAUGCAUAAAAUGCUCUCGAAAGAAGAGGAAGGAGGCAAAGAUGGAUUCAAUACAAAAAAUUCUGCUAAUAGUAAUGAAACUAUGGAAAACAAUUCCACUUCCCUAAAUUCAAAUGGUACUUUUUCUGGUCCCUGUGCCCCUAAUGCAACUUCAAAUGGGACAAAUGAGGACAACAAAGUGAUAAAUAAAACCACAAAUUGCCCUGAAAUUCCUAUCGCAAUAUCCAAAUCUGCAACACACGGCUUUUUUCUGGAUAAUUUAAAAAACAUAUGCUGGAAUUGUGAAAAUCCUGUUCAUCUUGACUCAUCUUUUCAAUGUUCAUACUUUCCUUCAGUUUUCUUAUGCCGAUACUUUGAAAUUUUUAUUGGACUAUCUGUUUGCUGUGUGUCCAGUGUACCAGACUUAUCUAGCACAGAAAUACUUCUCAAAACAGAUUCUUCUACAUUAUCAGCUAUAGAAAAUUCACCUACUGCUUCAAUAGUGGUUGAGCCCUCCUUAAGCCAAACAACAAGCUCACUUGAAUUAACUGUUACAUCUUCUGAAAUAGAGUCAUCAACUAUUUCAUCUUCUUUAGAGGAGGAAAAAUCUUCAUCUGUAGAUAUGUCAACAGAAACUAAGGAAUUGUUUUCAUCAAAACAAGAACAAGUGCUUUCGACACAAUCGUCUGAGAAUUUAGAAAUUGAAGCCACUCAAUCAACUUUCUCAUCAAACGAAGAGGUCUACACUUCUACCCUCGGUCCAGACACUGCCCAAAUUAGGCCAACCUCUGUCGUUUCAAAUCCUCCAAUUGAAAAGAGCGUUGACGACGACAUAUCAAGUACAUUAUCCAGUAGCGAGUUAGAUAAGCCAAUAGAAUCAACACUUGAAAAUUCUGUAGUUUUAGAAGAGAACACUACGAUGUCUGUUGAGGAAUUAGAGAAAAAUGCUACAGAACAACAUAUAUAUGCAGAUGAAAGCAAAGAUAAGCCGGAAAAGACAGUAGAUGAAACUGAGACCGAGGAAGGAACAGUUAAAUUGCCUUAUGACAAGAAGCUUGCCGCGGUAAAUCGUCUUAGGAGUAAAAUAAAAGAGUUGGAGCUGGAUCUCCAUUUAACCUCUAGAUAUUUGGAGGAGCUUAGCCAAAGAUAUCGGAAGAAAAUGGAAGAGACUCACCAAAUGUUAAAUUCUAAAAUAAUUAAUAUGACCAAGGCAUUUACUGCAAGAGAACAAAAGCAAAGAGAACAAAUUGAGCGAUCGCAUCGAGAAAUUGUUGCUUUGAAAUUUGUUGUUAGAAAUGCUACAAUGCUUCUCGAAAAAGCUCAUCUAAGAAUAGAUCGUCAAUGGCACUUUCAUUUUUUCGAAGUUAUGAUAUGUUUCAUUGUAUGGUUUUUAUUUAAAGGGAAAGCUCAAUCAACUCAUUCAUCUGCAAGGAUAAGAUCAACUUCAUCAACAUGUUCUAUCGAGUCUAAUACAAAUCGUAGAAGGAAUUCAAUAGAUUCUACACCAAGAAAAAAGGAAUUUUCUCUACCUGAAAAACGAACGAAAGAUGAUCUAGAUGUUCUUCACUACAAAAAUAAUUUUGGUUUCCCGGAAAAAAAGAGCUCUAAUAUCGAGAAAAUGAACAAGAAUGAACACAAGGGUAAAAAUAAAAAGAAAAAGAAAAAACUGAUGUUCUUGGACAAACAAAAUUCCAUGACCAAUAAUCACCAUUGCAAUAUAGCACCCAUGAGGGAAAUCUAA